AUGUCUGCUAUUGCUGCAGCCCCGCCCAUCGCCUACACCGAAGCUCCACUCACUGCCCACGUGGAGCUGAAACCCCGCCCAUCGCGUACGCAGCGUCAGAGCCCCGCCCACCUCGACGUGGCGCCAAAGCCCAGGGCUGAGGAAGCAGGUGUCAUGGCCGCCCAUGGCGACGCUUCCCUGGGCCUCCUGGCCGGGCUGCUGCUCUUCCUACAGCCCAGACUUAGCCAGGUGUCCUCGGGGAGUGGCAAGGAAGACCAUCCACCUACAGGGGCGCCAAGUUCCCCACUGAUCCCCCAGUUUGGGGCUGGUCAAACACCACCCCAGCUAUCCUCCUUUCCCACAGCAUGUGGCCGCCCCCUCCAAAAGAUUGUAGGAGGAAUGGACGCGGAAGAGGGCAAGUGGCCCUGGCAGGUGAGCGUGCGGAUCAGAAACACGCAUGUGUGCGGAGGGUCUCUCAUCACCGCCCAGUGGGUGCUCACCGCAGCCCACUGUAUUUUCAGCCAGUUCCAGUAUACGGUCAAGAUGGGAGAUCGGAGUAUUUAUCCAACGAAAAGGAGUCUGGUGGUUCCCAUUCACCGAAUCAUUAUCCAUCCUUACUUCUCCACGACUUCAAGCGUUGUAAACGACCUGGCCCUCCUCCAUCUCCUCCACCCCGUGAACUUUUCCACUGCCAUCUACCCGAUCUGUGUCCCUGAAGAAGCUUUUAGGGUGGAAGCUGGGACUAGGUGUUGGGUGACCGGAUGGGGCAAAACCAGAGAAGGUGGACUUCGGUCAGAAGUCCUCCAGGAGGUGGACCAGGAGCUGAUUCAUUACCAGGAAUGUAACCGGAUGAUGCAGAAGGCCUUGUCAUCUCAGAAAACACUAGUCAUGAAAGGCAUGCUUUGUGGCUAUUUGGAAACUAUGAAGGAUUCUUGUCAGGGUGACUCUGGGGGCCCCAUGUCCUGUGAGUUGAAUAACACCUGGCUGCAGGUGGGAAUCGUGAGCUGGGGUGUGGGCUGUGCCAGGAAAGGCUACCCCGGAGUGUACACCGAUCUUGGCUUCUAUAGCAAAUGGAUAAAAGCAGUGGUGAACCUGGCUACCUGUCUUCAUCCAAUGCUUUUCCUCCUCUUGCUCCUGCUGCUUCUGAUUCUGUGA